GGGUUGUAGGGGGAGGUGAUGGGGGGCUGUUUGGUCCAGCUGCUGAUGCUCGUUCCUGUCUGUCCUGCGGAUUCCCGCCAUAAACCGUCACCGGUACCGGGACCGGACCGGACGAACAGCACAAACAACGAACCGUGCAGCUCGCGCGCCGCCGCCAUGGAGCUGCUGGAGGAGGACCUCACGUGCCCGAUCUGCUGCUGCCUGUUCGAGGACCCGCGCGUGCUGCCGUGCUCUCACAGCUUCUGCCGCCGGUGCCUCGAGGGCGCGCUAGACGACGGCGGCGGGAACCGGAGGAGGCAGCCGUCUCCGUUCAAGUGCCCCACGUGCCGUAAAGAGACUGCGCGAGACUGUCUGGCGAGCCUGCAGGUGAACUACGCGCUGCGGAGCGUCGUAGAGAAGUACGGCGAGAUCCGCGCGCUGCCCGGGAUGAUGAUGACGACGACGUCGCCUCCACCUCCACCGGCGGUACCCUCGGCUCCGCAUCUGCCGCCCUCGUGCCGCGCGCAUCGCGACCAGCCGCUCAACAUCUUCUGCGCCACGGACCUGCGCCUCAUCUGCGGCUUCUGCGCCACGGCGCGCGAGCACCGCGGUCAUCGGCUGUGCGCGCUGGACGAGGCGCACGAGCGCGAGCGCGCCGCCUUCGAGGAGCUGCAGCGCGGCGCCGAGCGCUGGCCCGGCACGGAGGCGGCGCUCGCGCGGCUGGACGCGCUGGAGGCGGCGCGCCGGCGCGCGCUGCAGGCGGUGUCGCGCGAUGCGGAGCGCGCUGCCGACUACCUGGAGCGGGCGGCGCGCGCUCUCGAGCACAAGCGCGCCGAGAUCGCGGCGGACUUCGAGGCGCUGAAGCUCGCGGUGAUGCAGAGCUACGACCCGGAGAUCGGGCGCCUGCGCGCGGCGCUGGAGGAGCGGCGGCGCGCGCUGCGCGUGGCCGAAUCGCUGCGCGCGCUCUCCGAGCCGCUCGCCUUUCUGCAGCGCAUGCAGGACUUCCGCGAGGCGCUGCGCGCGAUCGACGAUAACGCGCCGCUGCUGCUGUCGGCGCGCGCGGAAACGGACUGGGACCCGGAUGGCGCUCAGCCGCUCGUGCCCGCCUUCGACGUCGCCGAGUGGGACCGCGUGCGGCUCGGAGACCUGGACGCGCUGCGCGGACCGCACGAGGGCGGCGCGUUGCUACGGAACUCCGCCCCUCACCCCGCCUCGAGCCCCACCGGCAGCUUCUCGCGCGCGCUGUGGAGACUCGCGCUGCUGCUGCUGCCGCUGCUGCUGCUGCUGUGCGCUUGCGCAUGCGCUCCCGCGCUCAGCUUCUUGCCAACGGCGGACAGCCUUCUCGGUGACGUCAGCGCCUGCGGAGAGCUGGUGCGCUGGCUGAUAGCGCGAGCCACAGAGACGGCCGAGCGCGGCGCGAGCCUGAUGACGGAGCUGCUGGACACGGCGGCGGACUUCAUCAGCUGAGCGGAAGAGCCGCGCACGAGCCUUUCUGUCUUAACGAUCUACCGAAGCGCACCGAGCAGGUUUCAGAUACAGAAACUGACCAAUCAGAGACGCUCUGUGCGCUUUCUGCGCUUCAUCGGUGACGUCACCCGGUCUGGGAAAGUCAGUACAGCGAGUGACGCGAGAACACAGACACGAGAACACAGGGUUCUUUAGGAAAGACACUGGUUCUGUUAGACCCCCUCAUGGUGAAAACGCUCUUCAGACUGACGGAGAAGGUGCUGCAUAUGAUUCUGCACAUCGCAGCAGAACCCUUUUUGGUGCUAAAUGGAACCAUUAUUAGAAAGGUUCUGUGUAGAACCACAUGCAACACAUUCUCCAUCAAUCCGAAGCACCAUUUCCACCAUGCAGGUUCUCUGAGUGCUCGUGGUUACACAUAAAACCAUUUUCUGUGCUAAGGAACCCCUGAAGAACCGUUUGCAUGGUUCUUCAGAUUCCGACUGAAUGUUCUAUAAAGCACCAAGAAGGGUUCUUCAAGCUUAUAACACUGGAUAGAGAAAUGCGUCCGUACAGAACUCAGUGGUUCUAAAUAGAGCCAUUGCCUUUGCUAGAGAACCUCUGAAGAACCAUUUUGAGGAUAUACAGCUGUUUAUCGCUGCUCCUCUCAGGACGACCAGCCCGUUUCUUCGUUUUGCUUUUCAUUAUUAUUAUUUAUUAAUAUUAAUAUUAUUAAUAUUUAAAAUAUUUAUUAAUAUUUAUACUCAUUAUUAUUUCAGCUGAUCGGCUCAGCUCUAAUGUUGGGGCGAUUUUAAUUUUUAUUUAUAUAAUUGUUUCGUUACUUUAUGAAGCUGCCGUGUCUUUUUGCAUUAAAGGGCCCAUAUCGCA